AUGCGUUAUGACGGGAAAGACUUAGAAGGGCAACUUCCUCAGAAUGUGCACUGUUACAGCUGGCUUCCGCAGAAUGACCUUAUUCAUCAUAAAAAAGCUCGUGCUUUGAUUUCUCACGGGGGUUACAAUAGUCUGCAGGAAGCUAUAAACGCUGGUAUACCAAUAAUAGCGAUUCCUUUAUUCGGUGACCAACCUACUAAUGCGAAACUUGCUGAAAAACGUCAUCUUGGAAUUGUUCUUCAAAAGAAUCAAAUUUCUGAGAGUGUUCUUACAGCCGCAAUCAAGUCAAUACUUGAAGAUGACAGCUAUUCCAGAAAAGCAAGACACAUUCGCGAUCUAAUCCGGAAAAAGCCUUUUAAGCCCGAGGAGUUACUUGUCCGUUGGACAGAGUAUAUUGCUACUUUUAAGAAACUUCCUAAUUUGACACCUUUUGCUGUCAAUCUAAGUUUCAUUACAUAUUAUUCUAUCGAUGUUGUGAUGUUUUUGACCAUAUCUUUCGCAAUCAUUAUGGUGACUUUUUAUGCUGUAGUAAGCUCAAUUUUAUAA